AUGCAGUUUGUGUAUGUGCUCCCUGGUUGGGAGGGUUCUGCCGGUGAUUCUCGGGUGUUACGCUAUGCAGUCAUGCAAGAAGGAGGGUUAAAGGUCCUACAAGGAUGUUAUUACCUAUGUGACAACGGGUAUGCAAAUAGCAAUGGCUUCUUGACGUCGUACAAGGGCGUACGCUAUCACUUGAAAGAGUGGGGUCCGGGUAACGCCGCUCCUCAGAACCCAAAAGAGCUGUUUAACAUGCGCCACACGAAAGCUAGGAAUGUUAUAGAGCGUGUGUUUGUUGUGUUGAAGAUGCGAUGGGGCAUUCUUCCUUGUGCAUCAUACUAUCCGAUCAAAACCCAGAUGCGUUUAAUAAUGGCGUGUUUCCUUCUGCAUAAUUUCAUACGCCGACAGAUGCCUAACGACCCUAUCGAAGCCCAACUUGAUAUGAACGUUGACUAUAACUCAGUCCCCGGUGAGACGGACGGGGUGGAGUUUGUUCACCAUGUAGAACCAUCAUCUGAAUGGACACAAUUCAGGGAUGACUUAGCGAACGCCAUCUGGCAACAAUUUCAGCGUGCUUGA